AUGACUUGUGUAGAAACUUGCAAUGCUACUUCAAUAAAGAGUGCAAAAGUGCUUGAUGAGGAAGUUGAAAACAAGGAUGUUGAGAAGGAAGAUGAUAAUCGUGCAGCGGAAGAUGAGGAAGAUGAAAUUGUUGUAACUGAGGUGAAUAAAGAAGUGAAAAAAAGAGAUCAAUCCAAAAGGAAGAAAGCAUGUGACAAAAUGGCAAGCAAGCAAGCACCUACUGCCGCACCAGCCGGGACGUUUCCUGGACAACCACAACCGAAUCCGAAAGGACAUGAUCAUGCUAUUAUUUUGCGAAGUGAUAAAGAGAUGGACGAACCAACUGACCCUAGACUUAAAAAACCUGCUAUGUUCCAAAGCCCUAGUAAAACAACUAAGGAGGAAAUUGGACCUAAAGAUAAAUCAAGUAACCCAAAAGAGAAAGAGGACAAGGAUGGCGAGACAAAGGAAAAAGAAGUGCCAUACUUAAACAUUACAAUUCUUUUUACAGAAGCUAUUACACAAAUGCCCUCAUAUGCUAAAUUUCUCAAAGAAAUCCUAUCAAAUAAGAAAAAUAUAGAAGACAAUGAGACCAUAACACUCACUGCCGAAUGUAGUACGAUAAUUCAAAAUAAAAUGCCACCUAAGCUGAAAGACCCAGGGAGUUUCUCCAUACCCUGCAAUAUAGGAAAAUUUGUCAAAGGCAAAGCUCUGUGCGACUUAGGAGCUAGUAUUAGCCUAAUGCCUUUGUCCAUUUGCGAGAAGCUUAAUAUGGGAGAGCUAAGACCAACCAAGAUGUCAGUACAACUUGCAGACCGUUCUGUUAAGUAUCCUGUAAGUGUUCUUGAAAACGUGCCCGUCCGCAUCGGACAAUUUUACAUCCCUACGGAUUUCAUAAUUAUGGACAUAAAGGAAGAUGUCAAUACCCCUAUAAUCUUAGGAAGACCAUUUCUGGCCACCGUUGGAGAUAUUAUAGACGUAAAGAAAGGCAAGUUGACAUUCGAAGUAGGUGAAGAGAAGGUCGAAUUUAUUCUAACACAAUUCCUUCAGGCCUCAGCUAUAGAAGAUACAUGUUAUCUGGUGGACGUUAUUGAUGAAUGUAUAAGAGAUAUAGGAUUAUCAGAAGAAUCUUACUCUGAUGUUAUAAAGAUCCAAUGCCCCUGA